AAACAACCCAUUCUUGAUUUAUUAUAUUGCACAACUACCGAAGUAUGUUUGCUCCACGAAAACAUUUCUCAAGAACCAUGUCAUCCCUCGCACCUGGAACUACUCUCCAAGGCACCUCUUGGAACUACCGAAUACUCAACCCCGUAGUGGGAGAUAGCACACAUACCUCGACAGUCUAUAAAGCUGAGAUUAUCCCGCGUGAGAAUACACGACACGCUCCCCAAGCUCCCAAAAGGGCUCUGAUAAAAGCAUCCCCACCCGACGCCGUAACCGCACUAGAGAACAUGAAGCGUGAGCGACAAGCCUAUCGUCUUCCCGGUGUCAUCUCUUCAGCGUGCUUCCGAAGGAUGUACGACGAGAUUAACAGUAGCACUAUCGCCCUGGAAUGGCUGGACACCACUCUUGCAGAGGUGAAAUACCAGCCUAGCAUGCGUAUCUACUCACUCGUCGUGGCCGUCAUGAGAGCAGCUUUGACUAGUUGUGUCGUACUGGAAGGCUACGGAUGUGUGAACACAGACUUAAAGCCCGCAAACAUCCUGCUCUCUGGUAUUGAAACCGGCUAUGUAACAGCUAAAGUGGGAGACUUGGGACUUGUAGUGCCAUCUGGCAGUCUUCUCAACGCACAACCAUAUGCGAUGCGCGCUCCGGAAGUCUUCCUAGGGCACGCAUGCGCGGAGCCAUCCCAGGUCUGGGCAGUUGCCGCGAUGCUGCUUUGCUGGGUAAAUCCGGGGGUACUGGGCGUGUGGGAUAGUCCGCAUCCAUUUAUUAAUGACGCUUGGUGCAUGGCGAAAAUAAAGCGAUUAUUCCCUCAUUGGAAGAUCCCGCACCCUGACUAUGUGGAGGGUCAUUCGCUGAAAGCUGCGCUAGAUGCUGCUGAUAGUUUUAGUGAGGAGGUGUCGGAGCUGCAAGCAAUCUCACCGUUGUGUGAGGAAUUACGAAAGGUGGAUAUGCCGCGGCAAUUUAGGGAUCUUCUGCGAUUGAUGCUGGUGGUUGAUCCGGUUCAGAGGCACUCUGCCUCGUCUGUGUUAGCGUCGGAGGAGUUUAAAGCGUUGGAAGAGCUUGUGGGUAUGUGAAUUGGAUGGGC